GGCCGACGAUAUAAAAUCCCUCACGUGAGGGAGGGGAUAACCUCGAGUACGCUUCGCCACCAACGUCACCACCGCUUCUCCCGUUCGAGAUCGGAGGGCGAGAAAGGGGGUUUUGGUCCUCCGCUUCCAUCUAGGGUUCUGGUUCUCGCGAUCGAGAACCCUUCUCGGAACUCUAGCUCGUGGAUCCCUCGCCGAUCCAUGGGCUUCUCCUCUCCCCACCGGCUCGAUAUCUUCGAGAUCUACGCGAGAUACUGCGAUAUUUUAUCAAGAAAUGACCAUGCUACCUCAAAGGAAUUGUUGGCUGUGCUUUCCAAAUCAUUGGAGUGUAGAGGGCAAGCAGGGGAGGCAAUUUAUAAUGACCUUUACAAGCUUAUGUCAUGCCUUGACUUGUCUGUGGAUUCUCGUAAUUUCAAUUGCUUCUAUGAUUUUGUCUUCUUCUUUUGCCGUGAAAAUGGGCAGAAGAACAUCACUGUACAUAGGGCCAUAAGUGCCUGGAGAUUAGUUUUGAAUGGAAGGUUUCGAUUGCUUAAUCAAUGGUGUAACUUUGUUCAGGAACAUCAACGUCAUAAUAUAUCUGAGGAUACAUGGCAACAACUCCUGGCCUUUAGCCGAUGUGUAAACGAAGAUCUUGAAGGUUAUGAUCCGAAAGGUGCCUGGCCUGUUCUGAUUGAUGACUUUGUUGAGCAUAUGUACAGAACUAGCCACACCAGGAGUUGGAGAACUCAGGAUUAUAUUUGUAGCUGUGCUGACAUGGAAGCACAACCUAGCAUAUCUAACACUUUCAGUGGAUUGAAUCUGCUCCCUGGAUCAAAGAGGAAGUCUCCUGCAGAUGCUGGUGAACACUAUGAGGAAGAAUCAAAGCGUUUACAGAACCCAACAAGCUCAGAUCAUGUGAUGAAAUCCAAGCGAGGGAAGCAGACUUUCAUUGCUAGACCUUGGGAGUCUGACUUAGCUAUGAGUCCAAUUGAUGGUACGGUAGAUUACCAUGCUGAAAUGAAUAAACAUAGUUCACUUGGUUGUCUUCAAACCUCAGCAUGUGCUGUAGAGGAUAGCUUAUCCAAAGGUUUCGAAGGAUACCUUUCCAUAGGGUGCUGUUUCCAGUUUGAUCAGAAAAGCAGGGUUUGAUACACAUAAAUAUACCUCAAACCUCAGCAUGAACGGUCGAGGAUAAGUUAUCCAUAGGUUUUGAAGGAUACCUUUCUAGAGGAUGCUUUUUGCAGUUUGAUCAAAAAAGCAGGGCUUCAUACACUUGAAUAUACCUCCAGGAAUGUUUGGUUUGAGCUCAUGCUUCAAUUAUGAAUUCCCGUGGUCUUCCCCAUUGCUGCAAUUUAUUCUUAUGGCAUUAAUUUUCGUCAUUUGUUCAUGUAAGGUAUUUAAGCUUAGCAAUUUUUUCUCAAUGUUUGAACUUGAUGUAUCAAUAAGUAAGACACGAUCAAAUCUACCUUUUUCAUGAGCUUGUUUUCUCGAUCUGAGUGUGAAUGCAUGUUGAAGUAUUUCUAGA